CUCCUCUCGCGGGUCAGGGCUGAGCGACCAUGGCGGACAAGGAGGCCGGCGGCAGCGACACGGGGCCCCGAGAAACGGCCCCCACCUCUGCAUAUUCAUCUCCAGCCCGGAGUCUUGGGGACACAGGAAUAACGCCUCUGUCCCCUUCCCACAUCGUGAAUGAUGCCGACCCCAACGUCUCGGAACAGCAGACGUUUCUCGUGGUGGUGGCCAUCGACUUUGGGACCACGUCCAGCGGCUAUGCCUACAGCUUCACCAAGGAGCCAGAAUGCAUUCACGUGAUGAGGCGAUGGGAGGGAGGCGAUCCUGGGGUGUCCAACCAGAAGACCCCGACCACCAUCUUGUUGACCCCUGAGAGGAAGUUCCACAGCUUUGGAUACGCUGCCAGGGACUUCUACCAUGACCUGGAUCCCACCGAGGCCAAGCAGUGGCUGUAUCUGGAGAAGUUCAAGAUGAAGCUGCACACCACAGGGGACCUCACCAUGGAUACAGACCUGACAGCAGCAAAUGGCAAGAAAGUCAAAGCCCUUGAAAUCUUCGCUUACGCCCUGCAGUACUUUAAGGAGCAGGCGCUGAAGGAGCUGAGUGACCAGGCGGGUUCGGAAUUUGAGAACUCGGAUGUCAGAUGGGUCAUCACGGUGCCUGCCAUCUGGAAACAGCCGGCCAAGCAGUUCAUGAGACAAGCUGCGUACCAGGCAGGCCUGGCCUCUCCUGAGAACUCGGAGCAGCUCAUCAUUGCCUUGGAGCCUGAGGCCGCCUCCAUCUACUGCCGGAAGCUGCGUCUGCACCAGAUGAUUGAGCUGAGCGGCAAGGCGGCGGUCAAUGGGUACAGCGCCAGUGACACAGUAGGAGCGGGGUUUGCACAGGCUAAGGAACACGUACGGCGUAAUCGUCAGAGUCGGACCUUUUUGGUGGAGAAUGUCAUAGGAGAAAUCUGGUCAGAGCUGGAGGAAGGUGACAAGUAUGUGGUUGUGGACAGUGGCGGAGGCACCGUAGACCUGACAGUCCAUCAGAUACGGCUACCCGAGGGACACCUAAAGGAACUGUAUAAAGCAACAGGUGGACCCUAUGGAUCCUUGGGAGUAGAUUAUGAAUUUGAGAAACUUCUGUGUAAAAUAUUUGGAGASGAUUUUAUUGAACAGUUCAAAAUCAAGCGUCCUGCAGCCUGGGUCGACUUAAUGAUUGCCUUUGAGUCUCGAAAGAGAGCCGCUGCUCCAGACAGAACCAACCCUCUCAACAUCACCCUGCCCUUCUCCUUCAUCGACUACUACAAGAAGUUCCGUGGGCACAGCGUGGAACACGCCUUGAGGAAGAGCAACGUGGAUUUUGUGAAGUGGUCCUCCCAGGGCAUGCUGAGGAUGAGUCCAGAUGCCAUGAAUGCCCUUUUUAAGCCAACCAUAGACAGCAUCAUUGAGCACCUCCGGGACCUGUUUCAGAAGCCGGAGGUUUGCACGGUCAAGUUYCUCUUCCUGGUGGGUGGCUUUGCCGAGGCGCCCCUCCUGCAGCAGGCAGUGCAUGCUGCCUUUGGUGACAAGUGCCGGAUCAUCAUCCCCCAGGACGUGGGCCUCACCAUCCUCAAGGGYGCCGUCCUCUUCGGCCUGGACCCCGCCGUCAUCAAGGUGCGCAGGUCCCCGCUCACCUACGGGGUGGGCGUGCUGAACCGCUACGUGGAGGGCAAGCACCCUCCCGAGAAGCUGCUGGUGAAGGACGGCACKCGCUGGUGCACCGACGUGUUUGACAAGUUCAUCUCUGCCGACCAGUCGGUGGCCCUGGGAGAGCUGGUCAAACGUAGCUAUACCCCKGCCAAGCCCUCUCAGCUGGUCAUUGUCAUCAACAUCUACAGCUCUGAGCACGACACCGUCAGCUUCAUCACUGACCCAGGGGUGAAGAAGUGUGGCACGCUSCGCCUGGAUCUCACGGGGACCAGCGGCACAGCAGUGCCUGCCAGGAGGGAAAUCCAGACCCUCAUGCAGUUCGGGGACACCGAGAUCAAGGCCACAGCCAUCGACAUAGCCACCUCAAAGAGUGUCAAAGUGGGGAUCGACUUCUUAAAUUACUAACCAUCCUUCCCUGCCGCCUGCCCCUAGGACCAGCUCAUCUGCAUCUGUUGACCUUAUCCUUGACUGUCCUGACCUUGACCUUGACCCUUGCCAUUGCCCACCUGAACUUUAGCAGGAGAACAACCAGGGUGAGAAAUAACUAGGGAUUUUUGGAGGGUACACUGGAGUCAGAAAAGCGGUCAGAAAUYACGAUUGAGGUCUAGGAACAGGAAAUUCAAGGAUCCUAGAAGGGCAGCUAGUUUUCACAGGUACCAAAAUGGUGCACCAACCACCCGACAAGGGGAUCGGUACAGUCUGYAGCAGUGGUGGAGCCUUGCUUUGAACAGAUCUCUGCCAAGUAGAACUUAGAAUGCCCUAUUGCCUUCUUUCUAGAUUUGAAAUGAGAUCUUUGAGUCAGGAGAAAAUCUGAGAUCUUUUCUUUUUAGUUUUUUUUUUUUCCUUUUUCUUUUUGGAUAGCAGUCARUAUAAAAUGCCACCCAUCUGUAGUCAGUUUCUUCUCAUCCUGGAAUGAACAGYGGUGACUCAGAGGGAACUUGGAGCAUCGUCAGCUGGUGGGAGAAGACUGCCUACACUGGGCGCUAUUUUAGGUUCUGAGAUAAUUUAAAUUCCAAGAAGGUUUGGGGAAAAAUAACUAUAGCCUUGGCUACCCCACUAGGAUUUUGGGGAGUAGGAAUGCUAACACCUCAGCUUUUCAGCAGGUAAAAAUUUGCUUUGAUGGAAAAAGAUAUUGAAGUUGCUGCCUUACACCAAAUCACAGUAUUCACCCCUCAUCUGUGGGGGAUACAUUCCAAGAUCCCCAGUAGAGACAUGAACCGCCCCCCCACAGUACCAAACCCUAUAUAUACACACACUGUUUUUUUCCCUAUAUCUCCAUAUCUGUGAUAAAGUUCAAUUUAUAAAUUUGACACAGUAAGAGAAUAAUAGUAAUAACAAAAUAAGGAAAUCGUACAAACCAACUGUAACACAAUUUAUAUGAAUGUGGUCUCUCUCAAAAUAUCUCAUUGUACUCUACUAUAUUU